GAGGUUCCUCGAAAGCUCCGUUGCCCUUGAAUCUCAUUCGUUUUCAAGCUCUCAUCGCAUCCAGUCGUGGGAUUUUCACGCUUUUCCUGUACUCCUGAAUAACUAAAGAAUAUCUGAAGAAAAUGUCCAAGAUCGGAAUCAACGGAUUCGGCCGUAUUGGUCGUUUGGUUCUCCGUGCUGCCAUCGAGAAGGGCGCCCAAGUUGUGGCUGUCAAUGAUCCCUUCAUCGGUCUGGACUACAUGGUGUACAUGUUCAAGUUUGACUCUACCCAUGGACGCUUCAAGGGAACCGUUGCUGCUGAGAAUGGCAAGCUCGUUGUCAAUGGCCAGGCCAUCACUGUCUUCUGCGAACGUGACCCAUCCACCAUUAACUGGGCCAGUGCUGGAGCUGAGUACGUUGUGGAAUCCACAGGUGUCUUCACGACCAUCGACAAGGCAUCGGCUCACUUGAAGGGUGGCGCCAAGAAGGUCGUCAUCUCGGCUCCUAGUGCCGAUGCUCCCAUGUUUGUUGUUGGUGUGAAUCUGGACGCGUACACCCCUGAUCUCAAGAUUGUUUCCAACGCAUCAUGCACAACCAAUUGCCUCGCCCCACUGGCUAAGGUGAUUCAUGACAACUUUGAGAUCGUUGAGGGCUUGAUGACGACCGUUCAUGCCACCACGGCAACCCAGAAGACCGUUGACGGCCCAUCUGGUAAGCUGUGGCGUGAUGGACGUGGUGCUCAGCAGAACAUCAUUCCUGCUGCCACGGGUGCCGCUAAAGCUGUUGGCAAAGUCAUCCCUGCCCUCAAUGGCAAGCUCACCGGCAUGGCAUUCCGUGUGCCAGUGCCAAAUGUUUCCGUAGUUGAUCUUACGGUGCGUCUUGGCAAGCCGGCAUCGUAUGAUGCCAUCAAGGCUAAAGUUCGCGAGGCUGCAAAUGGACCCCUCAGCGGUAUUCUUGGCUACACCGAAGAGGAAGUUGUAUCCUCUGACUUUAUCGGUGACAACCACUCCUCCAUUUUCGAUGCCGCAGCUGGUAUUUCCCUAAAUGAUAACUUUGUGAAGCUCAUCUCGUGGUAUGACAAUGAGUAUGGGUAUUCCAAUCGUGUUAUUGACCUCAUCAAGUUCAUGCAGUCCAAGGAUUAAAUCCACACAGGUCUUCCUGACGCAGAGACGGUGCCAAGCAUCGAGCAAAUCACAAUAAUAAAAAAAAUUCAUCAGGAUUAUAGGGAGAUUUUCUUUGGCCCUCGUAGAGCGCUAGUCUCACGGAAUCACGUAAUUUUGGAUGAUUUUGUGUCAUUUUUGUUACAUAAAAAUUACAUGAAUAUUGUAACUAAUAUCUCAGACAUUUGAGAAUAAAUUGUGAAAUUCAAUUUCA